CCAACUAUUUAUUAAACAGGCUUUGUCCAAAAAAUCAGUCAAAGAAAUCAGUGUUACAUGCGAUCAUUUAGAGAUGAAGUAUUUUGCAUAUUUGUGUUUAUGUUUAAUUUUUUUGGAAUUUACGGAAGCUACGUUGUCCGAAGCUCAAUUAAAAGCAAUGGUUAAGCUUGUUAGGAAUAUGUGUCAACCGAAAAGUAAAGCAACAACUGAGGAUAUUGAGAAGAUGCAUCAAGGGAAUUGGAAUAUUGACUACACUGCAAUGUGCUACAUGCAUUGUGUUCUCAAUUCAAACCAAUUGAUUACAAAAGGAAAUGUUUUUCAUCUGGACAAUGCGUUAAUUUGGGUUGAGAAAAACUUACCCAAUCCUUUAAAAGAUGCAUCAUUGGAGGCAGCAAAUUUGUGCAAAGAUGCCGCUAAAACUCUGAACGAUAAAUGUGUUGCUGCUUACGAAAUCUCUAAAUGUUUAUACGAAUCCAAUCCUGAAAUGUACUUUCUCCCGUGACCAUGAGACAGAACUUAAAUUCAAAUUGUUUUAGACACUCUUUCACAUCAUUUGUUAUUAAGUAUAAGAAAACAAUAUUACAAUUUAUUUUGUUUCAGAAUAAAAUCAGUGAUCUGACCUUAA